UUUACUCUUCACUCCUCUCCACCACUCCUCAGAUCCAUCUCCUUCCACUCCGUCCUCUCCAGAUCUCACCUCACCAGCUCACCUCCUCUCACCUCUCCGCUCCACACUCCACCUCAUUCACAUUCUCAUCGUCUUCACCAAUCUCACCUCCUCAGGUGAUUUUGAGAGCCGGAGGUGAAGAUGGCGGGAGGCGCGGCCGGCGGCUUCGUGACGAGAGCGUAUGAGUCCAUGCUCAAGGAGUGCUUGCCGAAGAAGCAUCCCGAUCUUCAGAAGGCUAUUCAGGCUUAUUUAGACAAUGCGAAAGAAGUCAAUCAGGCUCAACAAACCGUUCCACAGCCUGCUCCAAGUGAGAAGACUCAAGCUACUCCUUCAGACGGUGAUGGAAGUUCUCUUGAAACGGAAGGUGAAGCUGCAAAGACUGGUGCAGAACCAGGUCAGUCUCAAACGUCCUCAAACACUGCCGAGGAGGCAGAUUCUGUUGGCAGGCCAGCGAGCACAAGUGGAACUGUUUCGACUGUCCUAGCAACUGCUGGGAACACCUUAGAAGGCACUCAGGCGGAGCUUGUUUUGAGUCCCCUGCGACUUGCAUUUGAUACAAAGAACUUGAAAGUUCUAGAACCUGCUCUGGAUUGUCUUCAUAAACUCAUUGCAUAUGAUCAUCUAGAGGGAGAUCCUGGUUUAGACGACAAAAGUGUUCCGGUGUUCACUGAGAUUUUAAACAGGGUUUGCAGUUGUGUUGACAAUAAUUCACCUGAUAGUACUGUUCUGCAAGUGUUGAAGGUCCUUCUUACUGCAGUGGCAUCCACAAAGUUUAGAGUACAUGGGGAACCUUUGCUGGGAGUUAUCAGAGUCUGCUAUAAUAUUGCUCUGCACAGCAAGAGUCCUGUCAACCAAGCUACAUCAAAGGCAAUGCUUACGCAGAUGAUCAGCAUCAUAUUCAGGAGAAUGGAGACCGAUCCGGUUUCAUCAUCUGCUUCUGUUGGAAAUACAGAAGCCAUUACAACACAAAAUUCAAAUACAGAAGCUGAAGAAACUUCUGUGGCAGACCAAAAUGAGAAAGAAAUGACUCUAGGAGAUCAACUUAACCAGGCUAAAGAGACACCCAUUGCAUCUGUUGAGGAACUUCAUAAUCUUGCAGGUGGUGCUGACAUCAAGGGUUUAGAGGCCGUCCUGGACCAAGCUGUGCAUCAUGAAGAUGGCAAAAAGAUAACCAGAGGGAUUGACCUGGAGAGUAUGAGCAUAGUUCAACGUGAUGCUUUACUGGUUUUCCGAACCCUGUGCAAGAUGGGCAUGAAGGAAGAUAACAAUGAAGUUACGUUGAAGACGAGGAUUUUAUCUCUUGAGCUUCUGCAGGGUUUGUUGGAAGGAGUUGGUCAUCCAUUUACUAGAAACUUCCAUUUUAUUGAUUCGGUGAAAGCAUACCUAUCGUAUGCCUUGUUGCGGGCUUCAGUUUCGCCAUCCCCUGUCAUAUUUCAGUAUGCAACUGGAAUUUUUUUAGUGCUUUUGUUGCGGUUUCGAGAAAGUCUCAAGAAAUUACAUCGUCAUACUCUGUUCUUUACACCAACAAUUUUUAUUCAGGGUGAAAUAGGCAUCUUCUUUCCCUUGAUAGUUCUCCGGUCCCUGGAUGGCUCGGAUCCCAUGAACCAGAAAAUGAGUGUUCUUAGGAUGGUUGAAAAAGUUUGCAAGGAUCCUCAGAUGCUUGUAGACAUAUUUGUGAACUAUGACUGUGAUCUUGAGGCACCAAACUUGUUUGAGCGGAUGGUCACAACUCUAUCCAGAAUAUCUCAAGGGACGCAAAAUGCAGAUCCAAAUAUGGCUACUGCAUCCCCAACUACUUCAAUAAAAGGAUCAUCUCUUCAGUGUCUUGUGAAUGUGCUUAAAUCACUCGUAGAUUGGGAAAUGUCACGUGGAGAAUCAUAUAACCAGAGUAAAAAUGCUCAGUCUCUGGAAGGAGAUGCUUCAGACAGAGAGUCUGUUGAUGUGAAAAGCAGGCAAGAUAUGACCACUAACUUUGAGAAGGCAAAAGCUCAUAAGUCUACACUGGAAGCUGCGAUCUCUGAGUUCAACAGGCGACCGGUAAAGGGUGUAGAGUAUCUAAGAUCAAAUAAGUUAGUGGAAAACACACCUAGUUCAGUUGCCCAAUUUUUGAGAAGUACUCCCAGUUUGGACAAGGCUAUGAUUGGGGAAUAUUUGGGCCAUCAUGAAGAAUUCCCGCUUUCUGUCAUGCAUGCUUAUGUAGAUUCCAUGAAAUUUUCGGGAAUGAAGUUUGAUACUGCAAUUCGUGAACUUCUCAAAGGAUUCCGACUUCCAGGGGAAGCUCAAAAGAUAGAUCGCAUUAUGGAAAAGUUUGCAGAAAGAUACUGUGCAGAUAAUCCAGGCCUCUUCAAAAAUGCAGAUACGGCAUAUGUUCUUGCAUAUGCAGUUAUUUUGUUGAAUACUGAUGCGCAUAAUCCAAUGGUAUGGCCUAAGAUGUCCAAGUCAGAUUUCAUGCGCAUGAAUGCUACUGAAGAUCCAGAAGAUUGUGCUCCAAAAGAACUUCUGGAAGAAAUCUAUGACUCAAUUGUUAAAGAAGAGAUAAAGAUGAAAGAUGAGAGUACUAGUCUCGAUAAAAGUGGCAAAUAUAAGCCAGAAGGUGAAGAGAGAGGACGCCUUGUCAGUAUUCUUAAUCUGGCUCUUCCCAGAAGAACGGUGUCUUCUGAUACCAAGUCUGAAAGUGAAGCUAUCAUAAAGAGAGCACAAGAUAUAUUUAGGAAUCAAGGAGCAAAAAGAGGGGUCUUCCAUACUACACAGCAAAUAGAACUUGUAAGGCCUAUGGUAGAAGCUGUUGGAUGGCCUUUGCUUGCUACCUUUUCUGUUACAAUGGAAGAGGGUGAUAAUAAGUCGAGGAUUGUUCUCUGCAUGGAAGGAUUUAAAGCAGGAAUACACAUUACACACGUUCUGGGAAUGGACACCAUGCGCUAUGCAUUCUUAACAUCUCUCGUCAGAUUUACAUUCUUGCAUGCUCCAAAGGAAAUGCGUAGUAAAAAUGUGGAAGCAUUGCGGACUCUACUAGCUCUUUGUGACUCAGAGACUGGGUCCCUUCAAGACACUUGGAAUGCAGUUUUGGAAUGUGUUUCGCGGCUUGAAUUCAUUAGUUCAACACCUGCUAUUGCUGCAACAGUCAUGCAGGGAUCAAACCAGAUCUCAAAAGAUGCUGUUCUUCAAUCUCUAAGAGAAUUGGCAGGAAAACCUUCUGAGCAAGUAUUUGUGAAUAGUGUUCAGCUUCCCAGCGAUUCUGUAGUGGAGUUCUUCACUGCACUCUGUGGUGUAUCAGCUGAAGAACUAAAACAAAGUCCAGCUCGGGUUUUUAGCUUGCAGAAACUUGUUGAGAUCAGCUACUACAACAUGGCUCGUAUACGCAUGGUCUGGGCUAGAAUAUGGUCUGUUUUGGCAAACCACUUUAUUUCAGCUGGGAGUCAUCAUGAUGAGAAAAUUGCUAUGUAUGCGAUAGAUUCUCUGAGGCAGCUUGGUAUGAAGUAUCUGGAGCGAGCUGAACUUGCAAAUUUCACAUUCCAAAAUGACAUUCUUAAGCCUUUCGUUGUACUUAUGCGCAAUAGUCGAAGUGAAACCAUAAGGGGCCUAAUUGUUGACUGCAUUGUUCAAAUGAUAAAAUCUAAAGUGGGGAGCAUCAAGUCUGGUUGGCGUAGUGUUUUCAUGAUUUUUACAGCUUCUGCAGAUGAUGAAUUGGAAUCUAUUGUUGAGAGUGCAUUUGAAAAUGUCGAACAAGUGAUCUUGGAACACUUUGAUCAAGUUGUUGGAGAUUGUUUCAUGGACUGUGUCAACUGUCUUAUCCGAUUCGCCAAUAAUAGAACUUCACACCGUAUAAGUUUGAAGGCUAUUGCACUCCUGCGCAUAUGUGAGGAUCGUUUGGCUGAGGGUCUUAUACCUGGUGGUGCUUUGAAGCCUAUAGAAGAUAAUGAUACAACAAACUUUGAUGUGACUGAGCAUUAUUGGUUCCCAAUGCUGGCUGGUCUGUCUGACCUGACAUCAGAUACAAGGCCAGAGGUCAGAAGCUGUGCGCUUGAAGUUUUAUUUGAUCUACUGAAUGAGAGAGGUAACAAGUUCUCCUCAUCCUUUUGGGAGAGCAUCUUCCAUCGUGUCUUGUUUCCCAUAUUUGACCAUGUAAGACAUGCUGGAAAGGAAAGCUCGGCUUCUUCUGAUGAGGAAUGGUUCCGUGAAACAAGCAUUCACUCACUUCAGUUGCUGUGCAACCUUUUCAACACUUUUUACAAGGAGGUAUGUUUCAUGUUGCCACCACUACUCAGUCUACUGUUAGAUUGUGCCAAAAAGACUGAUCAAGCUGUGGUUUCGUUAUCUCUGGGUGCACUGGUGCAUCUAAUUGAAGUUGGAGGACAUCAAUUUAGUGAGAGUGAUUGGGAUACAUUAUUGAAAAGCAUAAGAGAUGCUUUGUACACAACGCAACCACUUGAACUGUUAAAUGCCUUGGGUUUUGAGAACCUGAAGAAUGAGAGGACGUUAAAUUUAGAGGUCAAUUCCGGUGGUCCUUCUUUAAUGUCUGACUAUGAUGGGGGAGACUAUGAUAGAAAUCCAAAUGCAUCAGUUGAAUCAGGGGUGCAAAUGAACUUGGAUGGAUCUGAAGGCCUUAACUCACCGUCAGGAAGUGCUUCAAAAUCUGCUGAUGAUGAAAACCUCCAACGUAGUCAAACAAUUGGUCAAAGAAUUAUGGGUAACCUCUUUCUCAGAAAUCUUUCAUCUAAGCCCAAGAGUUCUGAUGCUUCAGUACCAUCUUCUCCAGUUAAGGUUGCUGAUGUUGCUGAACCUGAUAUCAAAGAUGAGGAGGAAAGCUCUGUAUUGGGAACUUGUAGGGGCAAAUGCAUUACUCAAUUAUUACUUCUGGGAGCCAUUGAUAGUAUCCAGAAGAAAUACUGGAGCAAGUUGAAAGCACCACAGAAGAUUGCUAUAUUGGACAUUUUGUUGUCUGCAUUAGAAUUUGCAGCUUCCUACAAUUCAUAUACAAAUCUCAGAACACGCAUGCACCAAAUUUCUGAUGAGAGGCCACCUUUGAAUCUUCUUCGCCAAGAGUUAACAGGAACUUGCAUAUAUCUGGACAUCUUACAGAAAGCAACUUCCCAGUUUCCUGCCAAUCAAGAGGGACUUGCAGAAACUAAUGAUUCAAGCGCUGAAGAGAAUGUUGAAGGAUUAGCGGAAGACAAACUUGUGUCUUUCUGCGAACAAGUACUCAGGGAGGCAUCUGAGCUGCAGUCCAGUUCUGGAGAUGUGACUAAUAUGGAUAUUCACCGUGUUCUGGAGUUACGAUCUCCAAUAAUUGUUAAGGUGCUCAAAGGCAUGUGCUUUAUGAACCCACAGAUUUUCAGAAGACAUCUGAGAGACUUCUAUCCUUUGCUUACAAAACUUGUAUGCUGCGACCAGAUGGAUAUUCGUGGAGCUCUCGGUGAUCUGUUUAGGGCACAACUGAAAGCACUACUGCCCUAGCUGCUGUUUCCUUUUCUCGCCACCUUGACUAGCGUCCCAAACAUCAGGAUCACCGCUUCAAGUCUCUAUACACUGAUUGUCUAAUUUUGUUCGGCUAAUAUUCUUUCUCCUUUGCCUAUAAAUAUCAUUUUCUUCGUAUAGAGGUAUAUGAUCUUAUUUCAAAUUUCACCUUCCCCAGUAAAUUUUGUUGUAAUGAUGUUAAUGUAGAAAAGGAAGUAAACAGAAAGGGGAGAACAUAGAUUUGAGUCGGGUUUAUAGUCAUCAUUUUUGUUAUUAUUUAAUGUAAGUAUCUCUGAUUAAAUACCCAGAAAUAGAUACCAGUUAUGAAAGCUAUUUGUUCGUC